AUGACCCCGGUGACACCUGGAAAAGGCCGUGCCGUGAAGCGCCGCUGGCCUACUGACGACAAUCCGACGGAUUCGGAAGAGGGAGGACACCGUCAAACAAGGCCCGUUUGUAAGCAGUGCAGCAAUGCAAUCUUCAGCGGUGUCCCUUGCCAUCUGGCUCAGCAUUCGAUGGAGCACCUGGCCUUGCAACCCUGGAAGUGUUCUGUUUGCACCUAUACUAUGACUCGACAAGGCAACCUGCAAAAGCAUCUGAACGAGCGACAUCAAGGAAACGGCCGAGUCAUCGAUAACCGCACGGCCGAAUACUACGAUGAGCUCGAGGCGAAGACGAAAGCCAACUUUCCGGGUCAAUCAAGUGCCAUCGCUAAAUACAUUGGUGGACAAAAAGAGGCAUUGGGAUUUCAAGAUGCGUCCGAUGAUGAAGAUGACAAUCCGCAAGACGGUCGACAAAUCUCCGUCUGCAAGGAAUGCAAAAAUUCGAUUAUGGCAGCUAUUGCUCCGCUUCUGGCUCAGCAUUCGGUGGCGCACCUCUCCUUCCGACCCUGGAAUUGUUCUGUUUGUACCUAUGCUACGAAACUGAAAGGCAACCUACAAAAGCAUCUGAACGAGCAACAUCAAGGAAAUGGCCGUGUCAUCGAUAAUCGCUCUGCCGAAUACUACGAUGCGCUCGAGGCGAAGACGAAAGCCAACUUUCCUCAUCGCGCAAAGGCUAUCACCAAGUACAUUGGAGGACAAAAGGAGGCAUUGGGAUUUCAAGAUGCGUCCGAUAAUGAUGGCAAUCCGCGCGGUGGUCGAAAAAUCUCCGUCUGCAUGGAAUGCAAAAAUUCGAUUAUCUCAACUAGGACUUGGCUUCUGGCUCAGCAUUCGGUGGUGCACCUCUCCUUCCGACCCUGGAAGUGUUCUGUUUGCGCUUGUAAUAUGACUCGGAAAAGCGAGCUGCAGAGGCAUCUACACGAGCAACAUCAAGGAAACGGCCGGAUCAUCGACAAUCGCACUGCUGAGUACUACGAUGCGCUCGAGGCGAAGACGAAAGCCAACUUUCCUGAUCGCGCAAGGGCCAUCGCCAAGCACAUUGCAGGCCAAAAGCACGUCUCGGGAAUUCAGGACCGAUCCGAUGAGGAAGAUUCGACUCCAGAAGACAACCCACCAAUUGUUCAUCUCACAGCCCCCGGUGAUAAAAGUCUCGACAUUCCGCGAAAAGUGCAGAAAAGUCCAGAAGCUGCGUCGUCAAAUGCUGGUACGGUCAAACAAGAAGUGAUGCCGGAUGCUGUUCCACCACGAUCCAAAGAGAAAUCGACUCAUCGAACGAUGGCCGAUACUCAACGCGAAGUUAAACAAGAGUCACUGGAUGUCGAAAAUUCUUCGUUUGACUUUCAUGUCGUAAUCGAGGGAAGUGAGGCGGAUGCUCAUGCUGAUGCUCAUGCUCCAAUCCGCCACCACAACGAGCAAAAUGUCCGGAAUGGUGACAAAGACCAAUCAUCCUCGCCUACCCUUCAUCCAAUCGAUGUCAAACAAGAACUUCUAGAUGGAAAUCCAACCGAAGAGCCGAGACGAAUCGAUAAGAAGAAGAAGAAGAAGGUGAAAAGAGGCGAGGAGGACUGGGCAGCCGAGCCCGUGCCCCAAAUCGACACUGACCACAGCAUCGACAAGCGCGUCGAAGAAACCAUUAUGAAAACGAAGCUGGGAGGAGCCAAGAUCUCCUCGGACAUGGCGAGAAUGCGGGCUGCGAUGAGGGAGACGAAAUCUGACGUGGCUCGCAUGCAAAUCAACAUGGCACUCCUGGAGACCCUCUCGGAAACGCGGAAUGCCGAAAAUCGCCGUCUGAAGCAGCAGAACGACCAGCAAGCCGCCAAGCUGAAAAUGCUGAUGGAAGAAGUGACGGCGCUGAGGGAGCGCAUGCGGAAUGGC